UUAAAGAUGAAAGGAAUGGAUAUAUGGAAAGCCAUCAUGGAACAACCAUCCAGCAGCGUUCUCAGCGGCGGCAGCAGCAGCCCCGCCAUCGACCGAUACAAUCCCAUCAUCACCGACUCCCGGAGAUGCGCCGCCACCCCUCUCCCGCCCAUCCAUAGGAAGAUUUCCCCCUCAACUCCCACUCCAAGCAGGAAGAGCUGGAGCUGCACCAAGCCUUCCGACUUCAUCAGCCCGCCCGGCUCUACUAGGUACUUGCUGAACGGCAAGGAGCUGCUCACCACCCUAUCCGAUUUCGAGCCCAAAUUAGAUGAGACAAAACUGGCCUCCUCCUCCCCCUCGCCCGAUCAGGUGGUGGUGCUAAGAGUGUCGUUGCACUGCAGAGGCUGCGAGAGGAAAAUGAGGAAACAUAUUUCUAGAAUGGCUGGGGUUAGGUCGUUCAACAUAGAUUUUGCAGCGAAGAAGGUGACGGUGGCCGGAAAGAUCACGCCGUUGGAGGUGCUGUCAAGCAUAUCCAAGGUCAAAAACGCGCAGCUGUGGGCUCCCACCAUAGCAUCGGAGUUCAAAGACAAAGGGACUUUUCUUCACUCUUGAAUUUCAUCAACCAUCAUAUCAUCUUCAACUUAGAUUUAAUUUAUUACUCUCUUGGAGUUUUACUUCUCAA